UUGACUUCAUUUUCUUUAAUUCUGAAAGGAAACAUUUGAUAUAUUUUUGUUGAAGAUCUGUUACAUUAUAAAAUCAUGUUUUCAUUGAUCCUUUGUGGUGAAAAUUUAAUGCCAUAACUGUUAAUAUUUUGAUAAAGGAUAAUACAGGGGAGACAACUACUGACACCAUAAGUAAAAUUUGUGUAUUGUUCAGGUGAAAAGCUUUGUCUGUGUUUUCGUUUGAAGUUUGUAUUCAACUGAUCUAAAUUUUCAGGAGUAGCUGUGAAUACAUUUUCACCUGUUUACUAGGAUUAGAAGAGAGUUUAAUUUUUCCAUUUAUAUCUUUCGGAUUUAAAGAAGAAUUACUGAAGAGGAUUAUGAUUGGAUAUAAUUUGACCAAAGAAAGAUAACUCAUUCUUCUGCACUUUUUUUUCGACAUCUUCACAUUUGUUUGUUAUUGGAUUAUGAGAAAUGCUUAUAUACGAUAAAGAUGAAGAUAUCUUAACAAUGGAAGAUUUUGAAGAGGAAACCAUGAUACAAGAAAAUUCAAAGGGAGAAAACUCUCCAUUCACAGAUUCUGCUGACAAGGUGCCACCUGACAAUGCUCUGCAGGAAGAAGCUGAUUCGCUACGUCAGCAACUGACAGAUGCUAAGAUGAUGGUCCAAAAAUUGCAGUCUAGUCUGGUUUUACAACAGGCCAAGAGCAAUUCUUUAAAUUCGUCAUUACAGUUGCAGCUGAAACGAAAUCAGGAAACAUUAAAAAAUGAAAGAAUCUUCGCCGAUCGUCGGUUAGGGGAAGUGCUUGCACAUUUACUUUUCCUUGAAGGACAGUUAAAAAAGGAACAAAAAAAUGUGAAAACAGUUAUGAAACAGAAAGAUGAUAUUAUUAAAUCUCAAAAUGAAAAGAUUAGCUUGUUGACUCAAACAAAUGAACGUUUAGUGCAAGCUGUCCGAGAAGCCUAUGCACGCAAGGGAAAAAAUGGAACAGUCAUGGGUUCAUUUGAUAGUUGUAGUAGUGAAAGUUUGAAGGAAAAUAAAGGAAAAGACAAAAGCUCUAAGACUCCACAAAAAGGGAGGUUUGAAAGUAUGAAAGACCGAUUAUGGCAUCAUAAAAGUGCAUUGGAUUUAACAGAGCCAGAAUCUAAUAUGAAAAAACUUAGAAAUCGUAUGUUCAGUAGUCAUGAAAAUUUAUCUGCAUUACACAAAAAGGAAUUUAAUCAGAAUCGUGACAAAAAAUGUCGAAGUAUUGCUGGUUAUCCAGAAUGUUCUGACUUUUUCCCAGAAAUCCCAGAAGGAAUUGAGUCAAAGGGAGAUAAUUCUAUUUCUGAACUGGAUAAUCAAUCAUUGUAUGAAAAUGAUUUAAGUGGUAGUGGUGAAGAUAGUCCGAAAUAUAAUGAUGUACCAUUCCAAAGUUAUACUGACAGUAGUGGACAUCACAUGACUUCUGUCGGCUCUAUGCCGAUUCUUUCUCAAAGGGAUACAAAUAAAGAUCAUUCCUUUACAAAAGAAAGACCUCAUUCUAUGUCUGCUAUGGAAUACAUAUCGCCUGAAAAAAGUGAUUCUUUCUCUCCGUCACCACAGAAAUCACCUCAGACACCAACAUCAGAGUCAAAUCCAUUUAAAAACUUGAAAACUAUAUUGAAAAGAAAAGGAAGUAAAUCGAAAAAUAAAAAACGAAAUGUGUCAAUAUCCCAGUCACCUGCACAAGAAGUGAGUGUUAAGAAACACUUUGAAAGAUACGACAUGUCCUGAUAUAUAUGUAUAGGAUGUAGAACGUGUCCUUAUAGUCGAUAGAUAUUUAAUUGUACUGUCAUGAUGAAUAUUCAAAAUGCAUAUAUAAAAUUGUCAGCUGAAGAAAUCUCUGUCUCUGUGAUAAUUUUGUCAUUUUUUAGGUCACCUGACCAAAAAGGCCAAGUGGGCUUUUUCAUCACAUUGCAUCUGUUGUCAUCCAUUAUCUUCUCCUCUGAAACUAUUGGGCUGAGUUAAACCAAACUUCGACACAAUUAUCAUUGAGUGUCUACUUUUGAAAUGUGUCUGAUGAAAUCGCCUGCACACUAAGACAGCCCACAUGACUCAGAAUAGAACAUAAGGGUUAAAUGCAAGUUUUGUCUAUUAUUUUGAAAACAUCUAUCAAUAGAGAAAAUCUGCCAGGCCAGAAUUGUUCAGAAUGUUGAAUUCUACCUAUUGUUCGUUUCUGUCAAAACUUUGCUUCUUACAUAAGGGAAUUAUUGCCCUUAAAUGACACACUUUAUCAAUUUUCAUUCUUGCCUAUUAUUUGGAAAACUGAAUUGACAGAAAGUUAAAAUAGCAUGACAAGAUCCUCAAAUAAGGCAACAUGGCAAAAAUCUUCCAAAAACUCCUUAUAAGAGUUAUUUCCCUUUAAGACAAUUUUCCUGAUUUACUGUGUAUCUUAACUUGUAAACUAUAAUAGACAGAUAGACUUUUUAAAAGUAGCAAAAAAUGGUCAGCAAAACAAGAUCAACAAAAAAAGAUUUUUUUGUCAUGAAUUCUAUUCUAGUCUACAAUGUUGAAGAGUGUAGAUUGUUCAAGAUGUAGGUAUACCUAGGUGAUAGACACAGGCUCUUUGGAGAAUCUAGCUUGUAGAAUUCAAUUGCAACAGAAAUGGUGCUUUUUAUAUUUUAUUUUUGUUAGAGUUUCUGUAAUAUGAAUUAGAAGCAUAGAUGAUAAAACAAGCUUUUCUCUAUGAUGUUUGAUUAUGAUUUUUGCAUGUAUAAAUUCACUUUCUUUAAAAUAUUGUUUUUCUUUAAAGUACUUUGAUAGUACGACAGUGAAAGUUGGUUCAAAAUGGUCAGAUUUUUUUGUUUAAUUUCUAAAAUCCCUUCUUGUUUGGUAUAGAACAUUGUUCAUGUCUACAGAUUUAUACUUGCAUCUGUCCUGCUUGAAACCAAAAUUUUUCUUACACCUAUGAAAUCUAGUGCAAGAUUUCAAACAUUGAAAACUGCUUCUUAGAGCUUUCUUAUUUUCUAAAAGUGGUGUAUUUAGUCCAAAGUUAUCACCAUGUAUCAUCAGUACACUGGAUAUAGGUACUAACCAAGCAUGCAUGAUCGAUUUUGAUCUUACACGGUAAAGAAAAUCUCUGUAUAGUUACUUAGAAUCUGAGAAAGCAACUUGGUCAAAAUACUUAAUUCAUGAAUGUAAAUUUCAUUAAAUUAUAAUAAUGUUAAUAAUAAUCAAAUCUGUAAAACUUGAAAUCUGGAUUAUGUGGGUUUCAGCAUAUGGCUUAAUAUUAAGUUUCUCAAAGAUGCAUUUUUUCACUUGAUCUAUUUGUAUGAAGAUCUUUUUUUUUUAUGAACUCAAGUUUGUUUAGAAUUGAAAACACUAUGCUUUCAGCUUGUCCAGUCAGCCCUGAAAGUGAUGCACACCAGUAACUGUAUGCCUUGUCUGUUAUAGUGCUUUUUCUGCUUUGAGAUAAUUUGUAUACACAUAGGGGUGUGAAUGGGUUACUGUCUCAAAGACUUGUACCCAACAAUUUGUUAUUCAUAUUGAAUUGUAAUAAGAUGAGAUAUCCAGCAUGGAAGUGACGUUGCUGGUUUUGUUUUUAUACAAUUUACAAUAUAAAUACAUUUGAUAAAAUAAUAUAGGACAGAUUUUAGAAAUAAAAUACCAUGUAUAUGAUAAAAUCUUUUCAUAUCUCUUUGGAAAGGCAGUGUUUCAAUUUUUGUCUUGACCUGGCUCAUACUUUAAAAUUUAUACCAUUUACUACUAAAGGUAUGUCCUUCAGUUUACAUGUUACACAUGUGAGUUUUUCUUUCGCAGGACAAAUUAGAUUCAUUUUAUAAAAUUUCAUAACAUUGACCGUCAAAGUUAUGCUGGUUUUUUUUUUAAGUCUAAAGAUUGCACAUUUGAGGUAGUUUUUGAAAAUUCUAAAGAAAAUUAAUAUUUCUAAUGACUUUAUAUAAUUUCAACCUUGCAAGUUUGUAUAUUAAGGGCCAAUGUAUAUAUCUCCAACAAUACUGUGAAUUAUUUCGGGAUACAAUUUAUUUUUGUGAUAAUAAACAUGUACAUGUCUAACAUAUGUUUAAUAUUAUUGUUCAUUUCACCAUUGGCGAGAUACUGAACAUGUCCAAGUUAAUUAUACAAUACACGAAUAUAGUACUUUAAUGAUUAAACAGAUUAAUUAUGACUAUCAUAAAUUACUGAACUUUUUUAUGUGUAACAGUUAGCAUGUGAAUGAUAAUUUUGAUGUUCUACUCAUUUAUAAAUUGUCAUUAAAACAUGAGAAAACAUUAGGUCAUUACAGAACAUUUCCUUGAUAUUUGAAAACAACCAACAAAAUAGCUUUCUCCUUCUGCUACUGAAGUCCUAUGAAAUUUCUUAUAAACUGUCAAAGGUUUUCUCAAAGAAAAAGCAUUGCUAUAAAUUAAGAAAUUAUUGUGACUUUAUAAUUUAAGACCAAAAUGUAAUUUUAAUGUUUGUGAUAUCGAGAAAAUCCUGCUUCAUUCAUAUAAAUAUUACAAAAUGCGAGUUUAAAUUAUUACGAUUACAACACUGUCACAUUACAUUUUUGGCAAUAAUUUCUAAAUUCACAGUAUUACAUUAGGGUUUACUCGAAGUAAAGACAUAAUGUAAUUAGAUGGCUAAAAAUCAGAUUUACAUUCUUGUUCUUAGAUGACCAGAUUUUUUUUUUUACAAAUAAUGAUUGUUAUGCACAUGAAACAAUGAGCAGACAAGAAACACUUGAUUUACAAGCAUUUGUUUAAAUAGGACAACUUAUCUUGUGUGUAUGUAUAUAAAUUAUAUGAAUAAAUACUAAAAGUUAAGGCUUACGAAAAAGGCCUGCCAUAAUGGUUAAGGAAAACUUGCAUAUCCUAUCUUUCCUGUUUCUGUUUGAAUACAUAUUUACAUAGUAGCUUUUCUUCCUCUUGCCAACAUUGAAGUAAAUAUGCAAAAUAUUUAUGCAGUUCAUGUCAUAUUCUGAGCUAUUUCCUUUUGUACUGAUAUGAUUUCCACUUUUCUAUCCAAGUCUUUCAUAUUAUUGUCCUAAGGGAGAUAACUAGAAUAAAUUUUAUUGAACAUU